ACAAAUCAGAUGCAAACAGAAUCUUUAACGGCAUGUCCCAACACUGUGUCACCAGUGCCAUUAAAUAAUCUGACCAGUGCUCCAGGGUUUGGAACAGUUAUUCCAAAUCGUGUCUUUGUAGGAGGAAUUGAUUUUCAGACUAAUGAAAAUGAUCUGAGGAAGUUUUUUGCUCGGUAUGGCAGUGUGAAAGAAGUGAAGAUAGUAAAUGACGGAACUGGAGUAUCAAAGGGGUAUGGCUUCAUUACUUUUGAAACAGAUGAAGAUGCACAGAAGAUUUUACAAAGGGGUAAAAAACUUAACUAUAAGGAUAAGAAAUUGAGUAUUGGUCCAGCAGUAAGAAAACAACAAAUACGGAGACCUUGUUCUGCUGUAAUACCAGAAGCUGGUACAAUGUACUUAACUACUUCAAGUGGAUAUCCUUAUGUUUACUGUAAUGGAGUGGCUUAUUUUCAUACGCCUGAAGUUGCUUCUGUUCUGCAGCCGUGGCCAUCAUGCUCUGUUUCCAGUUCACCUGUGGUGGUAGCUCAACCAGUUUAUCAGUCUCCUACAUACCAUUAUCAGUCACCAACACAGUGUCUUCCAAGGCAGUGGCAGUGGUCUGUUCCGCAGUCUCCAGCCUCUUCACCUUCAUUCUUGUGUCUGCAACCAUCUGAAGUCAUUUAUCAGCCAAUGGGGAUUACUCAGGGAAGUGGAUGUAUAACUCCGCCUGUCCUAGUGGAAGCUGCAGUUCCUGAGCUGUAUUCUGAUCAUGGAGCUCAAGCACCACAUCACCAACCUUAUGCUCAGAGUGCCAUAGCCGUGCCUGCAUCUUUAAGAGUAAUAAGACACUAUGGAGCAUUCAAUAUUAAACCAUUUGGGCAGCUCUAGUCUACCUGUACUGAUUUCUUGUCCAGUUGUUCCCAUGUGGCUGAGAUCUAUCAUCAACAUACCAGCUAG